CCGGGACUGCCCGCGACCGCGGGGCCCGCGAUGGGGCCGGAGGGGGACGCCCCGGGGCCCCCCACGCCGCCGGUGCCCGGCGGGCUGCGGGGCUACCGCGCCUACGCGCGCCGCUGGGUGUUCCUGCUGGUGCUCAGCCUGCUCAGCGGCUCCAACGCCACGCUGUGGCUCAGCUUCGCACCCGUGGCAGACACCGUCGCCCGGCACUUCCUGCUGUCCACCGAGCAGGUCAACUGGCUCUCCCUGGUCUACCUGGUGGUGGCCAUCCCGGCGGGCCUGGCGGCCAUCUGGAUGCUGGACUCCGUGGGGCUCCGCUGGGCGACCAUCCUGUGCGCGUGGCUGAACUUCGCCGGGAGCGUGCUCCGCAGCCUGCCCUCCAUGCUCAAGGGGACCCCGGCCCCGUUUGCCUUCCUCAUGGGCGGCCAGAGCCUCUGUGCCCUGGCCCAAACCCUGGUCAUCUUCUCUCCGGCCAAGCUGGCCGCCUUGUGGUUCCCUGAGCACCAGCGGGCCACGGCCAACAUGGUCGGCACCAUGGCAAACCCCCUGGGCAUCCUGCUGGCCAACGUGCUGUCUCCUGCUCUGGUGAAGAAGGAGGACGACAUCCCUGUAAUGCUGGGCGUCUACAUCAUCCCCGCCGGCCUCGCCUGCCUGCUGGCCACCGCCUGCCUCGGGGAGAGCGAGCCCCCCACCCCGCCCUCCGCGGGGGCUGCCCACUCCAACUCGGAGAAGUUCCUGGACGGGCUGAAGCUGCUCGUGAGGAACAAGGCCUACGUGGUCCUGGCCGUGUGCUUCGGGGGCGGCGUCGGCAUCUUCACCAGCUUCUCGGCCCUCCUGGAGCAGAUCCUCUGCGUGAACGGCUACUCCAACGAGUUCGCAGGCCUCUGCGGGGCGCUCUUCAUCGUGUUCGGGAUCCUGGGGGCGCUGGCCCUCGGCCUGUACGUGGACCGGACCAAGCGCUUCAUGGAAGCCGUCAAGAUUGGCUUCUGUCUGACCUCCUUGGUGUGUGUGGCCUUCGCUCUGGUGUCCCAGCUGCGGGGACAGACCGUCGCGCUGGCCGCCGUCUGCUCCCUGCUCGGGCUCUUCGGCUUCUCGGUGGCGCCCGUCGCCAUGGAGCUGGCCGUGGAGUGCUCCUUCCCCGUGGGGGAGGGCGCGGCCGCCGGCCUGGUCUUCGUGGUGGGGCCGAGGGGGUGCUCAUCAUGGUGCUGCUGACCGCCCUGACCGUGUGCCGUGCGGACCCGUCCUUCUCCACCUGCCAGAGCGGCCAGGACCCCCUGGACUGGAAGGUGUCCAUGCUGACGAUGGCCGGCCUGUGCACCCUCCUGAGCUGCUGCCUGGUCCUCCUCUUCCACACCCCCUACCGACGCCUGCAGGCCGAGGCCCGCUCCAGCCCCUCCCUCCAGGACUGCCCCCCC